AUGACCCCUUCGGACCCUGACAUCUCCGCUAAACUCUCCGCCCCCCCAAAGAAAUCAAUCUUCGAACGACAAAAGGCCGAAGCCGAAGCCAAGAAAGCGCGAGAGAAAGCAGAGACUGCAGCUGCCCUCGAAGACUUUGUCAAGAGCUUUGAUGAUGACGGGGAUCAGCAGUCGAGCCUCCCUCCCAGGGCGGGAAGAGGUGCCUUUGGCUCUGGCAGCGGUAGUGGUGGAGGUGGCUUCGGGCCUUCAGGAUCAGGGAAAAGACAUUUCACAAGUUCAGGCUUGAAAAGUGGACCGGGAAGCCUGGGGCCGAGUCCGUCUGUGCCACGCAGCGGGCCCGGAAGCCUGGGACAUGCGCCUGGCUAUGGAAAGAAGAGGCAGUUCGACGAAUACACUGGCCGACAAGAUCGAGACCGAGAUCGCGAGCGAGACCGACGGGACAGGAUAUUCUCUUAUGGAGAUGGGAGAGAUGAUAGCACCAGAAGAGCGAUAGGCGGUUUCAGCCGAGAAGAAGAUGAAGACAUAAAAGAUGCAGAGGACAAGGCUGCCGCAAAACCGACGUUGCAUCUCUCAUCUCUCCCUCCGGGGACGUCGCCCGCUAUCAUCAAAGGCUUAUUUGCUCCCUCGCCAUUGACGGUCGAAAACGUGCGCAUCUUGCCGCCUCCGCCCACCUCAGGCAUGGAACGCAAGUCUGUCUCGGCUAUCGUCACACUCGCAGCUGAGACGCCAGCCACCGACAUUGAUACCAUGGUGUCACACUUGCAGAACAAGUAUCUUGGCUUUGGCUUCAAUCUGUCAAUCUCUCGCCAUUUGUCCUCCACAGCCUUGACGGGCCCAGGUUCACUAAGCAACAACACCCCUUCGUUCAAUCUCCAAAACCUGCCCUUUGGCGCAAAACCCAUCUCUCAACAUAGCUCCCUCUCACGCGCUCCCCCACCAGGCCAGGGACAGGGACGCUUCGCUCCGCCUGUAUCGUAUACGUCCUCGACGCCAUACGGCCCACGCUCUGCAGCGAACAAUUUGCCUCCCACACAAGUCAAUGUACAAAUCCCAUCUGACCUCAAAGAAUUGCGCCUGAUCCACAAAACCAUCGAGACUCUUCUAACGUAUGGUCCGGAAUUUGAAGCGCUCCUGAUGUCUAGACCAGAGAUCCAGCGCAACGAACAGUGGUCCUGGCUGUGGGACUCUAGAUCCGUAGGCGGAGUCUACUAUCGUUGGCGACUGUGGGAGAUUUUAACGGGUGCAAAAUCACGUCGAAAGAAUCAGCAAUUCUCAACGUACGGGUCGCGAAAACCACUUGGGGAUGUCCUUUUCGAAGGCCAGAGUACGUGGGCGCCACCGAAGGAGAAUCUCAAAUUCGAAUACACUACUCAAAUUGAAGAGUUCAUCUCCGACGAAGAUUACAAUUCAUCGGACGAGGAAGAUGUCGACGAUGACAGAGGCGGGGGUCUGGCUGGACGAUACCGCGAUCAUCAGAGAGUAGGCGACGACGACGUUGCCGGCGCACCGGCGGAUAACGAUGGUCAAGGUUAUCUGAAUCCGCUGGCCAAGACGAAACUCAUACACCUAUUAUCUCGUUUGCCGGAGACGAACGCCAAGCUACGCAAGGGUGAUGUUGCCCGUGUAACGGGUUUUGCCAUCGAACAUGCCGGAGCUGGAGCGGAUGAGGUGGCGGAGCUGAUCACGGAAAAUGUGGUCAGACCAUUCCGCUCCAGCGUCAAGCGACCAAAGGGAGAUGAACCCUUCCAAUCCGAAGGCUCAGAUGGCGAUGAGCACGAGAACGGAACUCCGAGACCACAACCGGGCACCGAAGAUGAUAAUGAAGGGUCGACCGAGAAGAAGGAUACAACGACGGAUACUACUCCCUCCUCUCUAGUUGCCCUCUACAUCAUCUCUGACUUGCUCUCUGCCUCCUCCACCAGCGGCGUUCGCCAUGCGUGGCGAUAUCGCUCUCUCAUCCAGCACCAUCUGCUCCGGCAAAAGACGUUCGAAGUCCUCGGGCAACUCCCUAAAAAGUACCAAUGGGGCAAGCUGAGAGCGGAAAAAUGGCGACGACAAGUCCAAGUUGUGCUUGGCCUAUGGGAGGGGUGGAGCGUCUUCGAGGAAGCGAAGAUGAGGGAGAUUGAAAACAGUUUCCUGAAUCCGCCGCUGACCAAAGAAGAGGAGCAGAAAAGGGCCGAGAUUGAGGCAGAGGAGAAGAGAGACAAAGAAAAGUCUAUUAAUCGCUGGCGGAGUCUCGGUGAUACGAAGGACGACAGUGCUCAGGCCACGCUUACCGGUGCCGACGUACGGGAUAGUGACGUGGAAAUGAACAUGGACGGUGUGCCUAUGGCUGAAGACGACGAUGACAGAGAAACGGUCAUGACUGAUGAGAAUAUCGACGGCGUUCCAAUGGCUGAUAGCAGUGAUGAAGAAGCCGAGCCGGUGCCACCUCCACCACCGCCUCCUGCAGAGGAGAGCGAGCCUCAUGCAAAGUCAAAGGAGGCGGAGCCAGCACCAAACAUAGCUGCAGACCAGGAAGCUGCCGCAAACUCUGUGCAUGCGCCGCUCAUGUCUCAGGGUCGGCGGGUUCGGCCAAAGGCUGUGGACUUUGACGAUAUGUUUGAAUAG